UGGAACUUAGAUAAUGUUUAUGUUUUAUACUAAAAAUGAAUACUUCAAUCGUCAUGUUUACAAUUUUGUUUAUAGUUAUUAUAGUAUUACGUGGAAUACUUGCAGCUCCUAUUCAAUCGUCACUGAAUAAUGUGGUUGAAUUUGACCAAAGAAAUCAACAGAAUAUAACCCAGUACAGUACAGAAACAAUGUCAAAAGUGGAAAUAACUCUUAGUACUACACAAAGAGUUACUGACAAUUUUAGCGAAAACUCGAGAAACGAACGUCAUAGGGAUAAAAGUGUAUCAAAAGGAUCAAAAAGAAAUCAUCAUAUAUCAAAGAAAGAUACGGAUAGAAAACAUCAUAUUUCAAAGAAAGAUACGGAUAGGAAACAUCAUAUAUCAAAGAAAGAUACGGAUAGGAAACAUCAUAUUUCAAAGAAAGAUACGGAAAGGAAACAACAUAUUUCAAAGAAAGAUACGGAUAGAAAUCAUCAUAUUUCAAAGAAAGAUACGGAUAGGAAACAUAAUAUUUCAAAGAAAGAUACGGAUAGAACACAUCAUAUUUCAAAGAAAGACACGGACACAACUUGAAACCAGAUGACGGUCACUAUUUCCGUUUUCCUCUAUAGUUUUACCUUAACUCAAUAUUUUUCGGAAGAAUUUGAGAAACGAUGAUCAUCCAACUGACAAAUAACUGUUAAGGGAUCGAAAAGGAAUCAUCAUGUAUCAUGAGAUAUGACACAACUGAAAUAAUGGAAAAUAAGAAUACAGGUAAAUACCAAACAGUAAAUGAUAUGAGUAGAAGGAGAGGAGUCGUAUUGCUGCAUUUCAAAAUAAACAACAAUCAAAGGUUCUUUAAAACGGAUAAAAUAAUUAUGAAAUGAACCGAAGUAGAGGCAAAAUUCGAAAACAAAGAUCUAAUUUGAUGCCAAAAAAAAACAAUUCACAUAAUGAGCAAUGACAUUUAGAGAGGUUAAAAUUAAUGCGACAAUACGGAAUGACGUAUAAAAGUGGACCCGAGACAACACUCACAAAAAAAGGAAAAUUGGGCAAAAGUUAUUGAUUGAAAAAUGGCAAGGACUAUUGAGAUAGAAGAAUAUAAGUGUCUUCUGUUCAACAGAUUUUGUGGUCGCAAGAACUACUUCUAAAUCAAGAUAGUACCAGUAUCAUGAUGUUUUAAAAACUUAAUGAUAAACUACAAACAUAUGAAACGCAAGAUUGAUAGUCCCGGUUUCAAUAAGAAGAUAAUUAUAGAUACAUGUGCGGCAUGACAAUUAAGAAACUGAAAGUAGAAGUUUUGAAUAAGAACAGCGUGUAAAUAAAAAAUAUAUACUGAACUAAUAAAAGAUGAAUCUUGAUAAUUCAUUAAUAUGGAUUAAGAUAAUUUUAAAAAAAAUGGUAG